AUGAAACGGUUCAAAAAUAUUUCAAUAACUUUUUUGAUUUUCUUAAUUCACGCAAAAGUUGCCUAUUCAAGAAAGCAAUUACGAAUCAAUGGUGGAGAAAAAACUCCAGAUGGACGUUAUCCAUUUAUGGUAUCACUGCAGCAUAAAAAAGGCCACUUUUGUGGUGGAGCAAUUAUAGAUGAAAAUUCUAUUCUCACGGCAGCUCAUUGUGUCACAGAAGAAAAAACUGGAAAAUUUACGAAAAAACAGAUUUACGCUGUUCUUGGUACAUCAGAUGCAGGCAACAAAGGUCGCGAGGUUCAAGUGUUGAAAAUAAAAAUUAAAAAAAUGUACAAGCCAAAAGCUUACACGCCUCUAAAUCCUCACCCGGGCUUGCCUUUCCAAAGACCAGCAGAUAUUGCCGUUUUAAAGCUGGAAGAGCCAAUACAAUUAGAACACAACGAAGUUCACCUACCCCAAUUAGAAAAAAUCAAUCUUCCAACAGAUCCUGACGCUCAAUACAUGGGUGAAAAAUUGAUUAUAGCUGGCUAUGGAGAAAGUGGCAACAAACGAGAAGAAUUAAGAUUUGCCUAUGCUAAAGUCCUGACAAAUGGAGAAUGCGUAUCAAAAUACAAAUUGAACGUUCGGCAGGAUCAUUUUUGCGCUCAAAUGAGCCAAAGAAAACCACAUAGACCCGAAGGAACUUGUGACGGUGAUAGUGGUGGUCCGUUAUUCGAUUCCAAGACUAAAACGGUCAAGGGUGUACUCAGUACUGGUCCCGUGGAUUGUAAUGAGAACAAAACGCCCUCGGUCUACACCAAAGUUUCGCAAUUUUUAUACUUUAUACGAGCCGCUAUAAAUGACAAAGCUACUGAUGAUGCAGAUUGCGUCGAAUGGAAAAAGUCAACAGGCUGUACUCAUUGCACUCAUAAACUGGUUGACUGUACAAAAAAUUGAAUAACUGGAUUAUACGCAUGUUGCUUGUUUCACUUUCGAGUGUCAGACUCGUGUAUUUUUUUUAAAUGCUUGCUUUAAAUUCAAUAAAUGUAGCUUUCAAUUACGGACGGCUGAA